ACCGAGGACCCAUAAGAACCGAUUGGCUGGGAGGGUACUCGCUCAUACUUCCCUCUCCCAUUCUCGUCCUCCUUUUUUCCCCCUCUUCCGUCUCUUCCAGCACGGUUUCGCGUCACAUCCAAGUGUCGGUCGCCUCGCCUCCGCCAAGAGAACGAUCACCGAGACGUCAUCUAUCGACUGUCACCCCUUGCCAGUCGAAGCCUCUCGACAGUACCUACCCUACUCCGUUCGCAUCCACCCCAUCCCAUACGUACAUGACAGGCCGACGAACCCCACCACCCGAAGAUGAGCUCCACCUCCAGUCAAGCUGACAUUCGUGCUUCCUCUCCGAGACCUCGUCACCGCUUCAGACCGGAAAGCGAACCUCUCAAGAAGAGCCUGUUCCCGCCAGAAGAGACCAAUGAGGAUGGACGAGCUGAAACCGUUACCCCUUACCGGGCAAGAUUGCAUAGCGUCGAUAGCAUGAUCGAUAGCGAAGAAGGAAAGCUGCAGGAGGUGCAGAAACUGCGUGAUGAGUGGUCAAGAAGGUCUGACAGGCUAUGCUCACGGCCGCUGCACUUGAAAGGAGUGCGGGAGAAUCUGAUGAUCCAUGACUUCGUCGACCUGGUUCGAGAGUAUGAUGAGAUCAUCUUUAGAUUGUCCUUCGACCAGUUGACGGAACCGGGGAAGCACUCAUGGACAGGAAGCACCGCGUUGCCGCUGUCGACGUCUCCCCGGCUCCGCCCCGGUGACUAUGCCCCCCUGAUAUCGAGCCUCCGCCAUGCCAAUAUGAUAGUCACAAACGCCGGCUGGCGCAUCCGAAGAUAUAUCGAUCUGUGGGAGACACACUUGAAGAAUAAAGCCUUCCGAGACGAAACAUGGGGUUACAUGGCCUUGUUGACCGCCGAGAAAGCUGAGUCGGCGGCUGAACAAGAGCGCUGUCGCGUCUUUUAGGAGAGGAUGAAGCCGCGCUUCUUGUCCCUUAUUGUUGAGUUUCGGAUGGAAAUCGACCGCCUAGAACGGAUUAUCGAGAAUUUUUGCCAGAUCCAGGACACGCCCAUAUCCUCCGGCGAGGCGGAUCAAGCCGGGGAGACCGCUACGGAGGAAGAGAAGAAGCACGAAUGCCUCGAG